AUGCCGCUCGAAGCUCGGUUUGCCGUCGUUGCUGGCGCGGGCGCUUUCGACUUCACGCCCGCCUUCGAGGAUGCCGUUCUCUGCAUCGCCCCUUCGGCCCUCUUUCUGGUUGUGGCACUACAGCGUCUCUUCUGGCUCGCGAGACAGCCUCGCAAGGUCGCCAAGAGCCACCGGCCAAUCUUCAGAGUGGCACUCUUGCUGUACUGGGCUCUGAAUACAGAGAGGCGGCCUCUCUUUCAGUUGCGGACGUCAGCCGCCGUGCUCGCCUUCGUCGAUGGGUUUUUGCUCUUGUUCCUGUCCCACGCCGAGCACGCGCGCUCGGUGCGCCCGUCGACCAUCAUCAACGUUUAUUUACUCUUUACUUUGCUCUUUGACUGCGUUGUCGCCAGAACCCUGUGGCUUGCGGACCAUGACCCCACCAUCUCGGGCCUCUUCAUCUCCACUGUCGCCAUCAAACUUUUUGUCUUGGCUUCGGAAGCUUUGGAGAAGAGACCCAUACUCUUAGCCCAGUACCAGAAUCUCUCCCCAGAGGCAACCAGCGGCAUAUUGGCCCGGAGUGUCUUCUGGUGGCUAAACUCAUUGAUGCGAACCGGGUUCGCUCGCUCCCUCGCCGAUCAUGAUCUGCUCCCCGUUCACGACAGCCUAGCGGCACGAACACUACUCCCCAAAGCACGAAACUCGUUUGCUUCGUCGAACCAUUCCAACCGCCAUGCCUUGGCCUUCUCCACGUUGUGGGCCACCAAGUACAUCUUUCUGGCUGGCGUGGCACCUCGGCUUGCAUUGUCAGCUUUCAAGUACACGCUGCCCUUUCUCAUCACCAGGACGACUUCCUGGACGGCCGAUCCGUCGCAGUCGGACGCAGUGGGAUGGGGACUGACGGGCGCAUGGCUGCUGGUCUUCAUCGGGCAAGCAGUUUCCAACGGCUUUUAUUAUCAGAUGGCAUAUCGAUUUGUCACCUCGAUUCGCGGUAGCCUCUGCAGUUUGAUCUACAUUAAGACAUUGGAUCUCAGUACCACGGCUCUCGACGAGUCCGUGGCGGUAUCGCUCAUGUCCACGGACACCGAGAGUAUUUGUCAAAGCGCCGCAACCUUGCACGAGCUUUGGGCCUCGCCAAUCGAGUCCGCAGUCGCCAUCUUUCUCCUGUACAGGCAGCUUGGCCUCGCCGCUCUGGCCCCGGUCGGUGUAGCAAUCCUUGCCACUACUGGCAUGUUGUGGCUUGCCCAGUUCAUUGGCAUGGCCAAGAAGAGAUGGAUGAUGGGCAUCCAAACGCGAGUCGAUGUAACGGCUUACGUCCUCGCGUCAAUCAAGGUUAGGAUCCACUGA